AGGCCCCGGCGCCGCCGGGCCUGGGCCCUCGCUUCCCGCGGGAGGCGGCCAUGUCUACCGGCGAGGUGGAGCGGCUGUCGGCGGACCUCGGCGGGGCCGCCGGAGACGAGGAGGAGGAGUGGCUCUAUGGCGAUGAAAAUGAAGCAGAGAGACCAGAGGAAGAAAAAGCUAGUGCUCCACCCCCACCUGGAAAUGAAGAGGAAGCUGCAGAAAAUGGCGUUGUGAAAACGAAGGUGGCAGAGGCUGAGGAUGACAGUGAUAGUGAUAGUGAUGAUGAUGAAGAUGAUGUUCAAGUCACCAUAGGGGAUAUUAAAACAGGAGCUCCACAGUAUGGUUAUGGAGCGGCACCUGUGAAUCUCAAUAUUAAGACAGGAGGACGAGCUUAUGGAUCUUCUGGUGCAAAAGUUAAAGGGGUGGAUCUAGAUGCACCAGGGAGUAUUAAUGGUGUGCCACUUCUGGAAGUAGAUUUAGAUUCUUUUGAAGAUAAACCUUGGAGAAAGCCAGGAGCUGAUCUCUCUGAUUAUUUCAACUACGGGUUCAAUGAAGAUACCUGGAAAGCUUACUGUGAAAAACAAAAGAGAAUACGAAUGGGUCUUGAAAUUUUACCAGUUACCUCAACCACAAAUAAAAUUACGGCUGAAGACAAUGCUAUGGAAGUAAGACCAAGUGCAGAGAUUCUCGAUGGCAGAUACCAUCUUUUUAAGGUACAGCAGGGCAGAACUGGAAAUUUGGAGAAAGAGUUGGCAGUGCAGUCGACCAAAGCUGAUUUCACAUCUCCACCUGCCUUAUUCAAAUCAGGAAUUCCAACAAACAGGCGAUUAUCUGGCACAAUAGAUGUGAUUGGACAGACCAUCACUAUCAGCAGGGUGGAAGGACGACGGCGUGCUAAUGAAAACAGCAACAUACAGGUUCUUUCAGAACGAUCUAAUCCUGAAGUAGACAAUUUUACCAAGCCACCUCCAUUUUUCCCUCCAGGAGCUCCACCUACCCACCUUCCACCACCUCCUUUCCUCGCACCCCCUCCAACUGUCAGUACUGCUCCACCUCUGAUUCCCCCACCAGGUAUACCAAUAACAGUGCCACCACCAGGCUUUCCACCACCACCUGGCGGUCCUCCACCUUCCCUCAUACCCACAAUAGAAAGUGGACAUUCUUCUGGCUAUGAUGGUCGUUCUGUUCGUGCGUUCUCAUAUGGCAGUGAUAAUGAAGUGGAACUCAAAACAAACGAUUUAUUGAAGGCUAUGUUAUCAUUGGCUAGCAAAGCAGAUAAGCAGAAAGUGGGAAGUCCUCUGUACUUCACCUUUCCGCACCUUGCAGGUUCUGCUCCUUCAUGGUCUAGUCUUAUGGACACCAGCAAACAGUGGGAUUACUAUGCACGAAGAGAGAAGGAUAGGGAACGUGAGAGAGAGCGAUCCCGAGAUCGGGAUCGCGACCGGGACCGAGACAGAGAUCGAGAACGUGCCAGAGACAGGGAAAGGGACCGAGAUCACAGUCCAACUCCAAGUGUGUUCAACAGUGAUGAAGAACGAUACAGAUACAGAGACUAUGCAGAAAGAGGCUAUGACCGCCAUAGAACAAGUAGAGAGAAAGAAGACCGACACAGAGACAGGAGACACAGAGAGAAAGAAGAGACUAGACACAAGUCAUCUCGAAGUAACAGCAGACGUCGUCACGACAGUGAAGAAGGGGACAGCCACAGAAGGCACAAACACAAAAAAUCCAAAAGAAGCAAAGAAGGAAAAGAAGCCAGCAGUGAACCUGCUCCUGAACAGGAAAACACUGAAGCUGCCCCUGCAGAAUAGGCUUGUGUGAUUUUUGCCUACUUGCAUAUAUAUUAGUGCCAGAAAUAGAUUACUAUAAACCUUGUUAUUUUUCUGGGUAUUAAAAUAAUUUGCUCAUAAUCUUGUUCUGUUAGUUUGAAAUCAAAGGUUACUUUGGUUUUUUUGAAAAUAAAAGAAUGAAUUUUUCAUGUUAAGAUUCCUGGACUGACUUCGUCUUUUAAGAAACAGUGGGAAAGCAUCUUACAGCUAGAGGCUUAUACUCUUACAAUAUACGUAGGGCUUAAAUUCUUUGUAUUAAAUUGUCUCCUUUUUUCAUAAGCCAGUGGCAAGGUCAUUCUUUUACUGACCUUAGAAACAGUGUGCAUUCACUUUAUUAUAUACCAACGUCUGGAACAGUGUGGGAUUAGUAUAGCUUUCGGAGUUCAUAUUUGAAGAGGUCAUCCUUUACUACAGGGACAGGCAGGAAUUGCAGACUUUUCAAGAACCUUGGACUAAGGUAAAAUGAAAAAAAAUUAGGGAAACUGGGAAAGGUGCUGAUUGUUCUUAGUCUGAUGGAACACUGAGUGUGGUGAUCAUACACUUUGUAAUUAUGUCUGAUUUGUGUGGGUGCAUAAGGGUGAAUUAAGCUGGAUAAUCAUCCCUGAUGCUUUUCAGUGGCUUAAGAGAAAGUUCAUUUUAGUCUUUGUUCUAGGGGAACAGCUGUCCUUAACAUGAUAAAGAUUAACAAACAUAUCCUCUUCCCAUUGCUAGCUUGUGAGAAAAAAAUAGGACUUUGAAACAUGGGUAAUUUGCAGAGAAAGGCAAAGAAUGAUUUUAAGAAAAAUAUAAGACCAUCAUCACUUUCAGAUUUACUCAAUCCAGAACAGUGUGAUUGGCAUGGCAGUCCUGCAAAAAUUGUACUGCCCUGUCAGGGUGCUAUUUAGAAGACUUACUUGAUGGUAUUAGCAGGGUGCAGUGUAAUUCCUUAAAAACAAUAAUUCUAUAUAAAAAUCCUAGAUUUAAUAGUAUUAAUCAAAACAUACCAGGGAAACUGGGUUGUUUGGUUUUGGAUGAAAAUAAUGUCUGUACAAGUACACAGUUACAGUUAUUU